AUGAACGCCGUGCUUGACAUGUCGCCUCGCCAAAGCCAUUUGCAAACCCGUAGAUCAGCUGACGUAGCCAGCACUCAAUUCCAGUUAGAAGGAAAAACAUCCGCCGAUCCAACUCAUGCUCCACUUCCACAACUUGGCGGGGACCCGGACAGCGUCCUGCCCGGCGUGGGCCUGCGUGCCGAUGCUGAGCGGCAGCAGCGCGGCGCAAGCCCUCAAAAGGCUCCACGCUUUCGCACUACGCUGCUGGUGGCGGGAGAGAUUCUGCGCGAAGAAGACCCCUGGACGAAACUGGAAGAGAUCCUGAACAGGGAAGAGGCUGUCGAUGUACAGUAUGUGUCACACGCGUGCCAGCCCGGAUUUCGGACGGAGAUUCAGGCAAGCAUCCAUGCAAGAUCCGCCGCCGCAGUACAACGUCUGCUCGAAAAGUACGCGGACCCCAACAUGCCUAUGGGAAUGUCACUCGACACGGACUGGCGGCCGCUGCAUCUGGCCACCUGCCUCGGCGUCAAGGACAUCGUCCGCCUUCUGCUGAUUGCCGAGGCCAACGUGGAGGAGGGAUAUCCGAGCAAGCCUCUGGUGACAGCCUGCCUGCACGGAGACGCGCAGAUCGGAGGCCUGAUACUGCAGGCAAAAGCCAACCCCAACACCGAAGAUGGCGAGGGACAGUCGCCCCUGCACAUUGCCACAAGCGUGGGCAGCACGCGACUGGUGCGCUUGCUCAUAGAAAGCGCCGCAGACAUAGAGAAACGCGGACGCCGCCAGCAAAGGGCGCUCCACACAGCAGCCCUGCAGGGAAAACCGGCCCUGCUUCAACUCCUGAUCUCGUCCGGAGCAGACACUGCCGCGCGAGACUGCAAGGGACGGCGCCCGCUGGACCUCCUGCCGGCAGCACCAAGCUUCGCGCAACGCUUCCGCUGCAGACAGCUCUUACGCGAGAGCCAGCAAAAGAAAACACCGAAGCCGAAGCAGACGAAAGGCCGCGAGCGGCAACCGAAGUCCAAGGUCGAGCAGGCAGCUCGGCAUCCACUGCAAGGUAGCUAG